AUCCACACCACCCCACGCUCUCGGUCCUAAUUGGUCAUUCCCCGAAGGCACUCUUCUUCCUUCUCCUCCAGAAACCCAUGCAACCGAAAAACUUCCAUUAAUAAUCUCCUCUUUCCAUUUCAUAAGAAUCCCCACCACCAACUAAUACAGAUUGCACCUUACAACAAAUAUGUCUCUAACAGCAUCAACUGAAGUUCAAACACUUGUUUCAGAGCUGAAAAUCCAGCGAGGAAUUGCAGUUCCUUUGGUGGCCAUGAACAUGACAUGGUUUGCCAAGAUAGCCAUCAGUACUGCGUUUCUGGGGCGGCUCGGGGAGAUGCAACUGGCCGGUGGCAUGCUCGGGUUCACCUUCGCGAAUGUCACUGGGUUUUCAGUCUUGAGUGGGCUCUGUGGCGCCAUGGAACCCAUAUGUGGCCAGGCCUAUGGGGCUAAAAAUUUCAAGCUCCUGCACAAGACCCUACUCAUGGCCACUAUUCUGUUGCUCCUGGCUACACUGCCUAUUUCUCUCUUGUGGCUCAAUGUUGACAAGAUCCUUGUCCAUUUAGGCCAACAACAGCAGAUUUCAUCGGUUGCAAGGAGAUAUAUCCUUUCCCUCCUCCCUGAUUUGGUGAUCACUUCACUUCUGUGUCCUCUUAAAGCAUACUUGAGUUCACAAACCAUUACUGUUCCUAUCAUGUUAAGCUCAGUUCUGGCUGUGGCUUUCCAUGUUCCCAUCAAUAUAUUACUUUCCAAGGCCAAGGGUUUUGAAGGUGUUUCCAUGGCAGUUUGGGUAACUGACAUGAUAGUGGUGGUUCAACUAGGGUUUUAUGUGUUGGUCACAGAGAAGACAAAGGGAGGAAGAUGGAAGGAAGGUGGGUGGUGGGAGCAAGGAGUCAGUGACUGGACCAGGCUGCUCAAGCUGGCAGCGCCCUGCUGCCUGACCACCUGCCUCGAGUGGUGGUGCAUCGAGAUUUUGGUUUUGCUAGCUGGGCUGCUCCCCAAUGCUAAGCAGGCAGUGGGAGUACUGGCCAUCGUGCUGAACUUCGACUACCUGCUCUACUCUGUUAUGCUUUCGCUAGCCACCAGCGCAUCCAUUAGGGUCUCAAAUGAGCUCGGGGCAAACCUAGCAGGGGCUGCUUACCGGUCAGCGUUCACGUCUUUGGCCACGAGCAUAGUUUCUGGCUGCAUCAGUUGCUUGGCUAUGGUUUCAGCCAGAGGAAUCUGGGGACCCUUGUUCAGCCGCAAUAAGGAGGUUAUAAGAGGUGUUAAGAAGAUAAUGCUGCUAAUGGCCCUGGUGGAAGUGGUAAACUUCCCAGUAACAGUUUGUGGUGGGAUAAUCCGCGGAACGGCCCGGCCAUGGCUGGCCAUGUAUGCCAAUCUUGGCGGAUUCUACUUGCUGGCCCUGCCCCUGGGUGUGGUUUUAGCUUUCAGGCUCACCCUGGGGCUAAGCGGGCUUCUUGUGGGGUUCUUGGUUGGCAUCACUGCUUGCUUAGUUCUGCUGUUGGUGUUUGUACGGAUGAUUGAUUGGGUUGAAGAAGCCCGCAAGGCACAGACACUUGCGGGUAGCAUAGAACAGACUGCCAACAAUGACGGAAACGGCACGGACCUGGCAACACAAGAGAGUUCCCGAGCAUGACAAUAACCCAAGAAUUAAGGAAAGCUGAUGCCAACAAAUUUGUAUAUGGUUUAACUACGCAAAGCAAUGCAACAAGGAGGAAUGAUAUUUCAAUAGACAGAUGCAUUUGUUGGACAGGAGAAUACGGUGUUUGAUCACAGAUUUACUUGAAAAGAAUUUCCAGUAAACAAAUCUAACAAGACAUUAAUGGAAAGCCCAGGACAGCACUUUUGACUCGCCUUGGCCUAAAAGAAUUACAUCAGCGACAACUUUGAAUGCAAGCAAGCUAUUAGUCAUCAACGAAACCAGGAUCAGAAAUUAAAGUCUCAAGCUCUUUAGCUUUCUCUGCUCUGAAGCGAAGGGAAGCCAAUAUCUUGUGACCAGCUGAUUCCUUCUCGGACCAUAUACCAAGAAGCAGAUGAGUAGUUGUAAUCUCUCCGCUUUCACCUAUAUUCAGAAGUAUCAUAAGAGUUCCAUCCUUGAGAAUGGUUGUUAUUAAGGACAAUACAAUUGGGACAAGAGAAGAAGAAACUAUUGUGGAAAAACAGGCUUACAGCAAUGCACGCUGGUUAAAGGCAAA